UAUCGAUACUUCAACACAUUUUGAAUUGUUUUAAGUUUAUCUAUUUAAAAGUUAUUUUACUGACGCAGUCUUAUUUUCAAAAAAUGAUGGCAAUUGUUUUAAUUUAUUUAGGAUUGCUACAUGCUAUAUUACAACUGUGCUUUGUUGAGUCAAAAACUUGCGAACAGGAAGAGUUCAAAUGUGGAAAUUUAAAAUGUGUUCAAAUGGCGUUUUACUGUGACACAGAUGAUGAUUGUGGCGAUAUGAGUGACGAGCCCCAAGGAUGUGUAAAAAGGCGCUGUGGCCGCUCCAUGAUCCGAUGUUUUGACGGAUCAUGCUUGACACAGGGGCAGCUGUGUAGAGGUUUUACGUGCUUGAAAUACGUAACUGACAUCUCUGCGGUCACGUGUUUAUGGAUCACGUGUGCUGAUCACCAGUUCCAAUGUUUAAACGGUAUCUGUAUUGACAAGAGUCACGUAUGUAAUGGGAUACGGGACUGUUUGGAUGGAACAGACGAGGGCACGGGUUGCAAUGAGCCAACCAGCAAUGUUUCGACAGUAACAACUGUUUCGGCAACAGAAACAGUAACAACUGUUUCGGCAACAGAAACAAUAACAACUGUUUCGGCAACAAUACAAACCAGCAACGAGGGCUCGAAUGUUUAUCUACUUGCUAUUCUGCCAGGCGUCGGUUGGAGUCUUGGGUUAUGUCUAUUUGUUUUCGUUGGACUAUUGUGUUACAAACGGAAAGGUAGACUCUGUUUUUCGCAUCGACAACAAGAGGCCAAAACAGAAAGUAACCAACCAAAUUUGCAGAAUGAAUCACAAGCCGGGGAAAGUUCGCCGAUGUCGGUUUUUCCCCAAAUUGGUGAUGACCAGUUUGCUACUGUUAAUGAGAUUGUGGAUCUUAGAAAGGGUUUGCAAAAUGUCAAUGACGAUCUCGAAAAAGCCAUCGGCGGUAAAAUGGAUGCAAACAAUUCGAACACGUCGCAUUCAGAUGAUGUCUUGGAACAGCACAUGGAUGAGAUCAGAACUGAUGCAAAUGACAAGCUCUAUUGCAACCAGUACGAAAAUGACCAACAAAACUUGGUGGAAUCACAUUUUGGGGUAAAUGAUUAUGAAAAUCUUGGAAAGCGUGUGCAAAACGUUAAUGACGAUCUCGGAAAAACAAACCACGGUAAAAUGGAUGCAAACAAUUCGAAAACGACGCAUCCUGGUGAUGUUUUGGAACAGCACAUGGAUGAGAUCAGAACUGAUGCAAACGACGCGCUGUAUUGCAACCAGUACGAAAAUGACCAACCAAAUUUGCAGAUGGAAUCUCAUUCUGGCGUAAAUGAGUAUGCAAAUCUUGAUGCAAACAAUUCGAACACGACGCAUUCUGGUGAUGUUUUGGAACAGCACAUGGAUGAGAUCAGAACUGAUGCAAAUGACAAGCUCUAUUGCAACCAGUAAGAAAAGUAAAGCAGAGUGCAACACUUUUCUAAUUAAACCCUGAAAAAGGUUCUUACUUAUAAAACCUGUGAAUCAGAUCUUUAUCAUAAAGGCAUAUAUAUCAUUUGUUAUAACUGACACUAUGGACAACUACAUCUAUCUGCGGGGAUCCCGGCUUGUAAGAAACACAUACAGAACACUUCAUAGUCUUAUCACUGACAAAGUGUACACUGGCUAAGCUUGCACAGUUGACAUUUUGUAAUGAAUGAUAAGUUCUUCGAUGCAAUACUAUUUUGCAAAGAUUUGAAUUAUUAUAAUGAAGCAAUAGUGAUCAAACAUUAUUCUUUUAUAAAACAUUUUUUUUAAAUCAUUUUGAAUAAAUAUCCCAUGUAAAGGUUAUUUGGUUAUGCAAUAAUGUAUGUACUCUGUUUGAUAAUGUUUCUGUGCGUAUUCAUAUUAUGUGUGUAUUACAUGCUUUUGUACUGCUGCCUGUUUGUUUAUUUCAUGUCACACGCUCAUAUAGAACCUUUCUGUUAAAUAAAACAUGCAAACUUACUAUGGAUGUAUGAUACGAAACAUGUUUAUACUUGUGUCUUAAAGUUAUGCUAUGGAAACUGAUUUAUUCCAGAAAAAAGAUAAUCAAAUAGGUAUCUAGUUAACUGACAAUUUUAAAUCAUUUUAAUAAAGCGAUCUUCAAUACAUUUCAUUUUCAUAUUAUUAAUGAAUAUAUUCUGUUCGGCAAUGUUUUUGUGCGUAUUCAUAUUAUGUAUGUAUUACAUGCUUGUGUAUUUCAGCUUGUUUGUUUUAUGCAUGUCUUAUCUUCAUAUAUAGAAUCUUUAUGUUUAUGAAAACUUGACGUGAAUGGAUGAACAUGUUUAUAUUUCUGUUUAAUUCCGAAUAUAAGAUGAUCAAGCAAGUGUUUAGUUAAUUGGCAAUUUCAAAUCAUUGAUUUAAGCAAUAUUCUGUGUAUCUUCAAUAAAUGUAAUUUCAAAUUAUUAAUGUAUAUACUCUGUUUGACAAUGAUACUGUGUGUAUAUAUGUCAUAUUAUAUUUAUUUUACAUGCUUGUGUAUUUUUGCUUGCUUGUUUUAUACAUUUCACAUACUCAUACAUAGAGCCUUAAUGAUGAAUACAACUUGACAUGAAUUGAUGAUAUAGAACAUGUAUAUAUUUCUGUUUAAUCCCGAAUAAAAUAUGAUCAAGCACGUGUUUAGUUAAUUGACAAUUUCAAAUCAUUUCAUUUAAGCAAUUUUCUGUGUUUCUUGAAAAAAUGUUAUUUGCAUCUUAUUAAUGUAUAUACUCUGUUUGACCAUUUUUCUGUGAGUAUAUAUGUCAUAUUAUAUUUGUAUUACAUGCUUGUGUAAUGCUGAUUGUUUGUUGAUUUCGUGUCAUAUGCUCAUAUAUAGAGCCUUUUUCUUGAAUAAAACUUGCAAAGUUACUAUGGAUGUAUCAUCCGAAACAUGUUAAUAUUUGUGUCUUAAUCUAUUGCUGUUGAGACCGAUUUGAUCCCCACUAAAAGAUGAUCAAACAUUUUUCUAGUUAAUUGACAAUUUCAAAUCAUUUGAAUAAAGAAGUGUAUUAUGUAUCUACUAAACAUUUUAUUUUCAUAUUAUUAAAGCAUAUAUUCUGUUCGGCAAUGUUUCUGUGCGUAUUCAUGU